GCAAGCAAUGAAGACUUAAGCGUCGAUGAGCGACAACAGCAUUGACCACGCGUUGCAGGUUGGCCAGAGGUCCCACGUCAGAGUGGAGAGCAAGACAGGAUCAGGCGCAGGGAUAAGCCGCCAACAAAAUGUUCGGGGAUAAUUUUGUUGGGUGCUGAUGACUGUGAGUUGCCUUUAUGGAGCCAACGAUCCCAACGUCAACGUUCUCAGGCCUCACGUCUUGCGACAUAUUCGCCUCCCGACACUGAAGGCUUGUCAGACUUCUGCAAUCAUCUCCAAUAACGCCUUUUGUACCUGCAUCCUUCUAGUAGCACUACGAUAGAAUGGCGCAUACCUCAGGCAUCACGCCUUUAUAUCAGGUGUUCAAACCACCUUUCACCAUAGAAUCGCCCGGAUACGAGAAGAAAGCGGAGGAAACUGUUCCCCGACGACACCCAAGGGCUCGCGAUGGCCUGAUUGAACGCCCAUCAGAAGAUGUUUGCACUGUUUUCGACAUAAUUCGCCGCAGCGCACGACUGUUUCCCGAUAGCAAUGCUGUUGGUUCUAGAAAGCUGAUUCAGCUCCACAAAGGAACAUAUCAGUUUGACAAGAAAGUAGACGGCAAGAUGGAGAAGGUGGAAAAGGAAUGGACAUACUUUGAGCUAUCAGGCUAUUCUUUCUUGACGUACAAGCAGUAUGAAAAGCACUGUCUUGAAGUCGGCUCAGGCCUACGAACGUUGGGACUGGGACGAGGUGACAAAGUAUUUCUGUUCGGGUCUACGAGGUAUGGAAAUCAUCUACAAGGCGUCUUGGUUCUAGUCUGACCAAGUCUACUUAGUGCGCAAUGGAUCGCUAUGUCGCAUGCUUGUGCUACCCAAUCCAUGUCAAUCAUCACAGCUUACGACUCUCUCGGAUCGGGUGGCCUUGAACACAGUCUCGUCCAAACCCAAGCUGAGGUCAUGUAUAUCGACCCACAUCUGCUCAAAACUGCUUCAGAGCCUCUCAAAAAGUCAAAGGUUCACACUUUGAUCGUGAAUGAAGCAUCCAUCUUCGGCGGGUCGGAACUCCUGGAAGAGUUCAAGACCUCACAUCCAAAGAUCAAAGUGAUGAGCUUCGAUGACCUUUGCGAGGCUGGCCAGAGCGAAAUGGUAGAUCCUGUUUAUCCUGAACCCGAUGACCUGUAUUGUGUUAUGUACACUUCAGGAUCUGGGGGCGUUCCUAAGGGCGUGCGCAUUGCGCACUGCAAUCUCAUUGCAGGCAUUGCCGGUCUUUACACCUGCGUAUCCGACUGUGUCACUCAUAACGACAUCUUGCUCGCAUAUCUUCCACUUGCCCAUGUCUUGGAAAUGGCUCUCGAAAAUCUCGGGUACUAUUUUGGUGGCGCCAUUGGCUACGGUAAUCCACGGACCCUGUCCGAUACGUCUAUGAGAAAUUGCGUUGGAGAUAUGCGUGAACUGGCCCCUACAAUCAUGCCCGGUGUUCCACAAGUGUACGAGAGUAUCAGAAAAGGUGUCAUGAGUCGACUCAACGCAAGCGUGCUUCUGCGGACCUUGUUCUGGCGUGCCUUUGCAUACAAGAGCUUCAUGGUUAAGCACAACCUACCUGGUGCUUGUUUGCUUGAUAGCAUCGUUUUUGGCAAGGUUCGAGAGAUGACUGGUGGUAGAAUCCGGUUCCUUUUCAACGGUGGAAGCGCCAUCUCUCUGUCGACCAAACACUUCCUGUCCCUCGUUCUUGCUCCCAUGUUCACGGGUUAUGGUCUUACUGAGAGCUGUGCAAACGGAUCAUUAGGAUCACCCCUUGAGUUCACCCUGCACUCGAUAGGUACAAUUCCGGGAUCCAUCGAGGUCAAGUUGGUAUCUGUCCCCGAAUUCGGCUACUCUGCCGAUACGCAGAUACCGCAAGGUGAGAUCUUGAUCAAGGGCGGGGCCGUUAUGCUAGGAUACUAUGAGAAUGAGGAAGAAACCAAGACAAGCUUUACUGAAGAUGGUUGGUUCAAAACCGGAGAUGUCGGCGAGUUCGAUACCGACGGCCAUCUUCGCGUGAUCGACCGCAUCAAGAACCUGGUCAAGUUACUCAGUGGCGAGUAUGUUGCCCUAGAGAAGCUGGAGGCGAUAUAUCGGGGUGUGCAGGGCAUCAUGAAUGUCAUGGUUUAUGCCGACUCUGAUCACUCCCGACCUAUUGCUGUCGUGAUGCCCAACGAGGCCUCUCUUAGCAACAUGGCUCGUGAGAUGGAUAUUGAUGAACAUAGCAUGCACAGUGAUCCUCGGAUUCAAGAGAUUUUUCUCAAAGAUCUGCAAGCAGCUGGGAAACGAGGGGGUCUAUCGAGUGCCGAAAUUGUUGCUGGCAUAGUGAUAACACCAGAGGAGUGGACUCCAGCAAGUGGCCUUGUCACUGCUACUCAAAAGCUUGAUCGGCGGGCUAUUAAUGCCAGAUAUAAGAGCGAGAUCCACGAGGCACUCAAGAACGCCUGAAUAUUUGUGUAUAUAAUGGAUGAAGCCACGCAUGUAGCUCAGGACAUAAGCUCGCGGCAGUACUUGGUAGUUGUAAUGUUUGAUGCAUGUGUUGGAUCUCAAUCAGUAUGUUUGGAGAACUGGAACCUCGGGUUCGAACUAGUAAACUAUUUAACCGGUUAUGUGGCCGUUGCUAUGGAAUGGCUAGCCCACUGCAAUACUUGAACAGAUAUCAAGAAUGAUGGGGCAAGUCCUAGAAGCAGUCCCGGAGACCCUCGCGGUUAGUCAUAUUUGAAGUCAAUGAAGUUCAUGUCUGGGUUCAUAACGAAGCAAAAUCCCGCCCUGGAGAGUGAAGUCCGAUUCUGGCGCCCGUCGGUUCACUUGUGUGUCAGCCCAUACUUCCUGGGCAUGCGCACACGAUCUGAAAUGGCACAAGAACUCCUCCCGCGAGUACACCCGAUCCCUAUCAUUAAAGCCCCAAGGAGGGUCAAGACCUCUGAUCGUGCGUUCAUACUCUUCAACGCGAAACUGACAUCCUUUGCAAUUCAUCCCUGUUUCCGCCCGUUCAUGACUCAAAUCAUACCACGGAAACGCCGUAGCAGCCAUAUACCGGUAGCAAAAGUCAUGUCUUAUUUCGUCGUGAGAUUGAUCUUGCGGUUGGUGCGAUAGUACCGACGUUGGAAUCACUCGAGAAGGAUCAAGAGAUCUGAGCUUUUCGACGACAGGCUUGGCUUGUACGAGGUAUCUGGGUCUUUUGACGCUAGGCCACGGCUGCAGAGAGUAUUUGCCGUAGACCACUCGUAUUUUAGGUCCACAAAUCUUUUCAAUCUCUUUGCUUGAGCUGUGCACUGCAUUCGCGAACACCUUGGGUAUUGGGAUAGGGAGAACGUGCAGGUCGACAGAGAUUUGCAGGCAGGUAAAGCAGCAUCGCUGGCAAGUAAUAAGAUAUAGGAAUGUUGCAAACUUUCCACAGAGCUCACACUUGUUGCUUACGAGCGCCCGAUAGAAAUGGGAAAUGGUAAAAGCAUGGCCUAGCUCUGCCUUUAGCAGCGGUUUCAGUCCCUGAAGUCCAUGCUUGACCACAGUUUUGUACUCGCGCGAUGCUGUCGUUAUGCUGCGUGCACGGUUGUUGACGCGUCGAAAACGCAGAUAAGAGAGAAUGUCAAGUUCUUGAAGUAUCAUGAGAGUUAAUUCCUCUGGCAGUCGGCUCAAGAUACCGAGGUCUGACGAUGAGACGCUGCCCGGUGUAGACAGCAGAAAUGGUGCAUCGGUCUUUCGCUCA